CGACAACAGUAAACAACAAUCAGCUGUUGUUGUGAUUGUUGUGCAAAGUUUAUUUGUUUGUUGUUUAAUAAUAUUCAAUUCAAAAUAUUAAAAAUGUUCUAAAAACAUCAUCAUGUUGAAUUCAAAUUGCAAAAUCCUCCUCCUCUUAACAGUGACAAUCGUCAAUUGCGAACCCCCAAUCACUGUCAGCCCCAGUUGCGCCCCCUCGAACCCCCAAAUCGAGAAUGGGGACGUUAUUUUAAACCAAAACCACCAAAAGCAAAUCGCCACCGCCACCGUAACGUGUCACGAAAAUUAUACUUUAAUUGGUCAGAAUUUGGUUUUACUCCAGUGUGUCUCCAAUCAGUGGAAGUUUGUUUACGGCCAGGAGUUUCCCAAGUGCGAGAGACGAUGUCCACCACCACCGUUUUUAGAACAUGGUGAAACUGGUUUAGAAAAACAAUAUGUGGACCUCUACAAGCCUUCCAACACUUACUCUGAAGGCACAAUAGCUCGGUACACCUGCAAAGACGGCUACCAAUUGGAACCAGCAACUGAAGCGUCUAGAAUUUGCCAAAAAGGUUCUUGGACUGGAAAAAAUUUAUUUUGCAAAGCCUCUGAUGAGAUGAGCUAUUGUACCAGGCCUCCAAUGGUGGAAAACGGCUUUAUGGAACCGUCUGAGUAUGCGCCUAUUUCGGUCGGGCAAGAAAUUGUUUAUCAGUGCUUGUCUGGGUAUAGGAUGGUGGGUUCUGAACGGAUCCGGUGUUCUAAUGAUGGGGUUUGGGUGCCGGACGUGCCUUCUUGUCAUAAGGAAUCUGAUUUUUUCCCAACAAGCGAAUGCGCCAGUCGACCAUUACUAAACCCCAAACUUCAUUCGCGCAUCGAAAUAACGUCAAUUUCCAGUGACGCUGUCGAAGUAGGCUGUCAAGUCAACUAUCAAAACUAUUUGGCCCUCUGUCAAACGUCAAAGUUUUACUGCAAACACGGCAAAUGGGUGGGAAUGUAUCCGAGAUGCGUCGAGGCCCGUACCUGUAAACCACCGCCCACUAUAGCUUACGCCGUAGCUGUCAACCAUAAUUUCGACACUACGUAUACCGACGGUAUCCCUUUUUAUCCUAUAAACGAACAAAUGAGGUACGAGUGUUUGAAAGGAUACGUCAUAGAUGGCAGUGCGGUGAUCACUUGUCAACCUAACGGGUGUUGGGAACCCACUGAAUUUUGGCCUACAUGCGUUAGAACCAAAGAGAGCUUUUUUAUUGAAUUAAAUGAUAUCAAUGCCAUUCUGAUAUCCAGCGCAAUUGGAGCGGGCGUUUUAGGCAUUUUACUAUUCGCCUGUUUAUUGGCUGCUUGUAAAAAACGCCGGGCGCUGACCAGGGCAGUGUCAGCGCUUCCCGCUACUUCCGGUGGGGGCGCUACUGAAAUUGUCAACGAUCACGCUGUUUUGCUACAACAUCCCGAUCGCUUGGCUUUAAUCGCUUUUGCUGACGGAGUACAAAAUAGUCAGGCUACGUCGUUGCCGUCAUACGAUGAAGCCACCCGAGACGGCCGAUCGACGCUGAUCCAAGUGAGCCGCCUGCAAAUCCAACGUCCCCAUUGGCCGAAUUUGACAGUUUGUCGUACGAGCGCGCGCACUCGAGGCUCGCCGAACAAUAACGAUGCAACUUCGGGCAAUCACCGACACGGAUCUUUUGCCUCUCAUACUCCCAGCAUGAGAUCCAAUGGCGAAUCGAUGGGUUCGACAGAAACAGUCACAAUUUCCGAAGGUUCCACAAACGUCACUUUGGAUACGGCGUCGUCGCACAGCGCCCUUUCGCAAAACAGCCAAAACCCUUCCUGUCGGGUGCACUGCGGCAGUUUGGCAUCGUUCGACGGAUGCAGCGUUGCCAACAAUACCGAAGGGAUUCCUUUGUUGGAAGAAAACGAAUUGGAAGAUGCGAAUCUAGCCGAUAACGUUUCCUGUCAAAUGUCUACGCACAGCGCUAAUUGAUUAUGUAUGUAUGCUUAUUAUUAUUAUUAUUUUCAACCAAAGAUCUGUUUAGUUUAUAGAAAAUUAGCCCUUAAAAAUAUAUAUAAAAUGCUUUAAUUUGAUUG